UAAAAGGCGCAUUCGUCGCCCCAUCAUCUAUCCGGCACCCUUCUCAUCCUCACUUCCUUUUUCCUACCAUAUAACCUUCUGAAACUCUUAACAAGAACACCAUCAUGGUUUUGAAACUCUACGGCUUUCCCAUCUCCACUUGCACACGCACUGUAGCGGCCACAUGCAAGGAGCUCAAUAUCCCGUAUGAAUUUAUCAACGUUGACUUGGCUGGCGGCGAGCACAAAACGGCCGAGUUCACUGCGGUACAUCCCUUUGGCCAGAUCCCUUACAUCGACGAGGAUGGUUUCAAGCUUUUUGAAUCACGCGCCAUCUCGCGCUACCUUGCCAAGAAAUAUGCCGGAAAUGGCCCGAAGUUGAUUCCUACUGACCCGAAGGAGGAGGCGAUUUUCGAGCAGGGCGUCUCGAUUGAGUCAUUCAAUUUCUACCCUUCGGCCAUUGGAUAUGCGAAGGAGAAGGUCUUUAAGCCGAUGUUCGGUUUGACUACCAACGAAGAACGUGCGGCAGAGCAUCUUGAAACACUCAAUGCCAAGCUUGACGCGUACGACGUUCUCCUGGGCAAGCAGAAGUAUAUCGGCGGCAACGAAUACACCCUCGCCGACAUAUUCCACCUCGCUUAUGCACUUGCCGUCGUUGAGGCCGGUCAAGGCGGGCUCUUCGAGUCGCGUCCCAACGUGGCUAGGUGGUGGGAAGAGAUAUCGAACAGGAAAGCCUGGGUGGAUGUUAUUGAGAAGGGUGUGUAAGGGCUUUGCUAUCGUGUAGCAUAAGAAUACAUUGUUCGCAGAGCAAUGCUCGCAGUGUUUGCAGUAUGUUCGAACUGGG